AUUUGUUGUCAAUGUCAAUGUCAUUUAAUUGCAAUUGACAUAUAUCCGUGGUGUGCGUACACCAAUUCACUUUGUCAAUUCGGUGUUGGAAAAGCAAGGAUUUUUGCUGGUUCGCCCUUCUGUUCUACCAUCUGUGUACCAAGAAUCCAAUUUGUGGAAAUCUUCUGUAACCAUGGCCGAAUCUCAGCUGAACGACAACACUACUUGCGUAGUAUGUUUUAAGACGGUCGUUUACUACUCCGUCGGGGAAUGUGACCACCCCGUGUGCUUCGAAUGUUCGACCAGGAUGCGGGUUCUAUGCCUACAAAACGAAUGUCCUAUCUGUCGUCAAGAUCUUUCAAGGGUGGUGUUUACCAACACGGUUCAACCAUACAAGGAUUUACGCAACAGAGCUUUUCCUGACAAACUAUUAGAGAGACAGUACAAGAUAGGGUUCUGUAGUGAAGAGAUAAGGCAAGCCUACGAGAGAUUACUUGAGAACCGAUGUAAGGUCUGUGAGAAGAUACCUCCGUUCCGUACAUUCAGUAUGCUCAAUGACCAUAUGAGGAAGGUGCACGAACAAUAUUACUGUGAUCUCUGCGUUAAACAUUUAAAGAUCUUCACCAGCGAGCGUAGGUGCUACACUCGGCAGGAGUUGGCUCACCACAGACGGAAAGGAGAUGUCGACGACACCUCCCACAGAGGUCACCCGCUGUGCGAGUUCUGCGAGGAGCGGUUCAUGGACGCGGACGAGCUGUACCGGCACCUGCGCAAGGAGCACCUGUACUGCCACCUGUGCGACGCCGACGGCCGCAACCUGUACUACGCGUCGCACGCCGCGCUGGCGCAGCACUUCCGCGCCGAGCACCACCUGUGCGAGGAGGGCGAGUGCGCGGGCCAGCACCUCACCGCCGUCUUCAGGAGUGAGAUCGACCUCAAAGCUCACAAGGCAACCGUCCACGGGAAGGGCAUGCCGCGCGGCGCGGCGAGGCAAGCGAGGACUUUGGAGUUGCAGUUCAACAUCACUCCACAUCCCGUCGUGCAGAGGGCGCCCAGGGAUAGGGAUCGUCAGGUGCAGGCGACGCCGGCGAGCCCCCCGCCCCCGCCCCCGCCGCAGCCCUCCAUCAACCCGCAGAGCGACGAGCAGUUCCCGCGCCUGUCCGCCGCGCAGCCCGCGCCCGCGCCGCUCGUGGCGGGGCCCGCGCGCGCCUUCCGAGGCGCGGGCGGGCUGACCCGCAACGACAAGAACUUCCCAGCGUUGGACGGCUCCAACGCGCCGAGCGCGCCGCGCGCACCGUCCGCGCACGCGCAGCCCGUCGCCGCCACCGUGCUGCGGAACUCGUCCAAACCUAGUGUCUCAAUCCAAGUUCACACUCAGCCCAGCGCCAGCAACUUCCGGUUGACUCAGACCAGCGGCAACCGGAUCUCGAUCUCUUCUCAGAAGAAGCAAGCUUUGUCUGAUGACGACUUCCCGUCCCUCGGCGUCGCGAGAGAUGACCACCCCAGCAUCGGCGCCGGCACCGUACAGGCACCUAAGGUCACGUUAAUCAACAGUGAUGAGAUGCGAGCGUUCAAGAGCAACCAAUCAAACAGCCAGCCCAAGAAAACUCAACACGGCUCCGCCGAGGCGUUCCCUGCGCUCUCCUCUUCCUCAGCGCCCACCGCUCCCCCGCAAUGGAUCACCGUCUCCAAGUCCAAGGAAAAGGGGAAACACAAGCCCGACCCUCCCCCUGUGACCAUCCGGGAGAACAACUUCAACCCCGUCGCCGACUUCCCCACACUCCCCGUCAACAAGGCGAAAACUAAGAAAUCCCAACCGCACCAACCUCAACCUCAACCAUACCAACAAUCGAACAACAACAAUGAAAACAAGACAAAGAAGGACAAAAAGAAGCAGAACAAAAACUUGAACAAUCUGGACAACAACGACUACAGCUUCACGAACGGCUUCAACGAUUUGAACAUCAAGAAAGAGCACAUCGCGGCCAGCGUCAACAACAACAACAACAGCCUCGAGACAGACAGGAAGAUCAAAACGUUCAACGAAACUCCAACCGUCCAAAGGAACGCUGGAAAUGGGGAUUUCUCUUUGGCCCCCAAGGAGUAUCCGCCUCUGAACCCCCGGGCGGCAGAUAGCUACCAACCGCCUGUGCCUAAAAAGGACAAUUUUGCGAGCAAAAUUGUACAGAACGGGAGCGCCCCGCCGGGGUUGAAAAAGAGACCUCCGUGUGACGGAAUGACCUUCACGAAUUCCGCCGGACAGACGUUCCCAGCGCCCGUCCACUCGUACAUCCCUCCGCCGAACUUCGAGCAGCGGAACAGAGCUCUAGUCAAGCAGUUCGCGGCGGCUCUGGGCGAGGCCGCAGCGGUCGAGGACUUCAAGGUGGCGUCCCGAGCCUUCCGAGACAGCAUCAUCAGCGCUGAUGAGUUCUUCGAACACUGCAAGACCGCUUUAGGGUCCCAAUUGGAAAGUGUGUUCCCGAACUUGGUGGCUCUGUUGCCUGAUAUUGCCAAACAGCAGGAGUUGGUGGUGGGGAGGGACAUUAGCUCUAAACUGGAGGUGUGUUCCACUUGUGGCCAGCUGCUGUCUCCCGACGACGCCAUAGCGCACGACACGGCGCACUGGCCGGCGCUCUCGUCGCGUUAGUGACUGUGAUAAAUUUGUAUUUGUGUUCACAAUGUCAACGUGUACAAUAUAAAACAAGGUAACGUGUUAGCGACUUCCCGUUCCACCUUUCGUCUUGUUAAAUGCAAUUAUAACCGAUAUUAAAACUUUUUUGUACUCAAUAUUAAAAUUGGAAGACCUAUCUUGGAUUGGAUAUUACAAAAUAGACAUUUUGUCUAAAUAUGACGGUUGAUUUGAUUAUUAUGAUUCUCGUAUUUCCAACAUAUUUUAUAUUUAAAAAUCCUCAAACGGAACCCAAUUUAUUGAAUUUAUAUUGCUAAUCGGUUUCUAUGCAGCAUAUAGAUUCCCAUAAAUGGAAAUAAUUGUUAUUAUUUUUAUUGUUCUUAUUGCAUUUCAUGUGAUAUAUAGAUUGCAAAAUGUAUACAAAUCAUUGCAAUAUUGUAGAUUUUCUAUUUCAUGAUUAAGCUUUGAUUGUGGUAGUAAUGCUAUCAGAACGAAAGAAAACGCGUGUUUGUGUGUGUAAACUAAACAAUUGUCUGCGAUUGAGCAAAAAGGCAUUUAUAAAUAUUUAUUUUAUGCUUUUCACAUAGCAAUAGCGUGUUUAUAGCAUUAGAAAAUAAUUUCUAAAUGCGCACUUCCUUCUCAUGCACAAACGCGUUAAUUUCCUUACUAUCACAAGCUAAGCAAUACCAUCAUAAUAAAAAAGAAUAAAUGUAAACUUAUCUUUACUAGAUUCUGUGGUCACUAUGUGAUACUAAGUGGAGUGUAGCGAACGUAGCAAAUUUAAACAUGGCGAUGAUAUUUUAUACCGAACCAUCCAACGAUGUUUUAUACUAUUAGAUAUGUCACUGCUGCGUCAAAACUGUUGUAAAUUAAAUUCUAGUCCAAUUAUUGUGUACUGACUUUUUUGACAUAUGUUACAUUGCAUACAUCAAAAAUAACACAGACUAAAUCACUACAGAAACUGAGGCACAAAGCGCCCAAUAAUAAUAAGCAAUUUUGUAAAAGUAACAGGGUAUCUGCGAUCAUUACUUUCGGAGCUACAGGUAUUUAAAGGGUCAAAUUUGCGGCGCUGCCGCGGAUCCCUGAAAAACGCCCCAUACAAAACGGUACGAACUAAUGACGUCGUAGGCAAUUAAUGAUCGUUAGAUUUGUAUGGGCGUUUAAACAAAUUUACUAAUAUCUUUGUUAUUUCUGCGUUUAUGUUUAUAGUUCAAAUAUUAAAAAAUUUCACAUUUAAUGUAAGGAAACUAAAACUGUUAACAUUUACCUAAUUUACCCGAAUUUACUAUAAAAAUCCAUAUAUUCAAACCUAGUCAUCAUCCCCAUUGUCUUAUUAUUUCAUUUAGUUGCAUAGUAAACAACGAAAUUUAGCAUAUCAAUUUCUAAAUAUUGUCUGAAAAGCCUAGUUUUACAUACAUGUAUAUAUAUAAAAACUAUAUAUUAUAUAUAUACAUGUAUGUAAACACAAAACUGUGCAUGUGUGCGCUAUGUAGAAUAGCUGCGCUCGGUAUCACUUUGCGGUGAUUUUGUAGGCGCGUAACAUAUCUAAUAGUGGAAAAUAUCAUUGGAACCACCACAUAGAACAUUAUGUGGUCUAUGGUCUGUGCAUACUUACUACCCAGGGUAAAUCUCAGCUGUUUAUACGGGUGUCUAGUUUAUGAGCGAGAUUUCAAUAGAUACUAAUUUUAAUCCCCUUUUAUUUCACUGCGUGGAUUGAAGCAAUAAACAAAAACAGGUACUAUUUGACGAUACCGGCCAUACAUUUUGUUACACUAUUUUUUAUUCGUAGUAUGUAAAGUAUAUGUACCGAACUACGAAUUCGCUUCGCUGCCUAGUGGCAGUUUUCAAUGUUUUCAUACUGUGACUAUCGCGUAACCGUAAACGCAAAUUUCUAAGGAGUUGAAACAGCGCCAUCUAGCGGCACUACUGCACAACUGCUUCAAUUCCUUAGUGAUUCGCAGCAGCUGCUGGUAAUUCGAGUUUACGGGCACGCGAUAGUCACAGUAUGAAAACAUUCAAAACUGCCACUAGAAGUUUGGUGAAUACUAUACAUUAUUUUUUCAUCUAAUGCGUGUUACGCAUAUAUGGACGUAAACAACUCUUUGAUGGCAUAUUUAAAUUAUGCUUUAAUUAAAAAAUGAAGAUUUUUCUUGUCUGUUUGAAUUAUCAAACGAUGUUUAAGAUUGUCAACGUUAAAAGAUGAUAACGAAUGAUAUAGAUACAAAGAUUUUAUACUUUUAGAUAUGUCACUGCCGCGUCGAAACAAAAGUGACUAAUUGUCUUGAUUUCAUUUAGUCGCAUAGUAAAAGUUAUUUAAACAAAUAAUGCCUACAUAUUGUCUAAAAUGUCGAGUUGUAUGUUCAGGAAGUGUAAACACUACUACUGAGCCUACUUGAAAUAAAUGAUUGCUUUUUGAUUUUUACUAAGUAAACACAAAAUUAUGCAUGUGUGCGCUGUGUAGAUUAGCUAAAUUCGUAUAUUUUUUUGUGGUGACUUUUUAGGCACGUAACAUGUCUAAUAGUAAAAAAUCUUUGGAUGGAUAUCACUAAACAGAAAAGAAAUAUCCACACAAUGGUGCUUAUAUAUUUGAUUUAGCACGUUCUGUACUUCAUACAAAUUAUAUAUAUGAACAUCAUAAACAUAGUGUAUGUAAUAUGUUCACACUGAUAGUUGAAACGCAUCCGGUCUGGACAAGCCUUACUAAACAAUUUAAUGCAAACAAGUUUGUAGUGAUUUUAUGUAUUAAGAUAAUAUAUUUAAUAUGAGAAUAGUGUAUAUUUAUGAUUUUUUCCUUUAUUUUGUAAUAAUGAUUGUAGCACUAGUCUUCAAAGACAAAUUACUUGGAUUAACUUCAAAAAUGCAUAUAUUCAUAUAUAUCAUGGAUAUAGACAUUCUGCAUCAGUUUAUAUAAAUAUACAAGAAAAAGGGAUGAUGACAGUUUUUAAAUUGUAUAUAAAUUAGGAGUAUGUAAAAGUAACAGGAUAUCUGCGAUAAUUAUUUUCGGAGCUACAGGGAUAUAAAGGGUCAGAUUUGCGACGCUGCAGCGUAUCCCUGAGUAACGCUCCAUACAAAAUGGUACGAAUUAAUGACGUCGUAGGUACAUAAUGAUCGUUAGAUUUGUAUGGGCGGUCAAACAAAACUACUAAUAUUUUUGUUAUUUGUGCGUUUAUGUUUAUAGUUGAUUAAAAAAAAAUGUCACAUUUAAUGUAAAGAAGCUAAAACUGUAUGAAUUAUCAUCUAAUUACGAUAAAAGAUUUUUAAUAUAUUUUGAAAUUUUAAAAUCUCAUUUAUUUUUUCAAAUAUCCAGACAAUCUUUGCUUUUUAUAUUUAUAUUAGUUAACAUUGACCUUGUUUACUCGAAUGUAUCAUAAAAAUCAAUAUAUUCAAACCUAGUCAUCAUCCCCAUUGUUCUUUCCGACACCCUUACCGUGAUAUAUCUGAAUAGACCGUAAGAUGAAAAUUAUUAUUUCCAAAAUUUCAUAUCUAAAUUAUUAUGACUAUUACAUGCUCGGAAUUAUUAAUGUAUGUAAAAGUUAAUGUUACACUGAGUAAAAUAUUUUCGUUUGAAAGUUACUAUAUUUUUGUACUUCUAAAAUUGAACGACAUCUUUCGUUUGUGUUGAAUAUUUUUUUUGUUAUUUCUAUAAUUUGUUGGUUUCAUUAAAACGCCCUGAAUUCCUUUGCGAUAGCAUUAA